CCGACGAUGGCCAAUUGACACAGGCAUUAGUAAUGCAAUUGAGAAUUCAGAUGCCUUUGCUUCUGUUUCGUGUCCUACCUGCCAAAUAGCCGAAACCCUCAACUUUCAUCAUUCAUUUCCCAAGCUGACCUCAUAGCAUGUCAAACUCAUCAUUCCAUCGGAAUUAGGAGCUAAAAUGAGAUGGACUUGUCUCAACACCAAAUACAUCAGCUCUAGUUCAGUUUUGAAGCCCACUUAUGUUACAAACACCAACAACCAUUUUGAGUUUCAGAGAUUCCAACACUAUGGGUGGUACCAAUCUCGUGCGGUGGGUGAUUUGCCAAACGAAUCACUGCCUGAUACCCUUCACGCCAAAUCGGUCAAGAAUGGUUCUUUGGACAAUUUGGAUGUCAGGAAUUAUGUCACCAGCUUGUAUGUGAAAUCUAAUAAGUUGGACUAUGCACACAAGCUGUUUGGCGAAAGCCCUGACAGGGAUGUCCGGUCCUGGACCAUACUCAUAUCCGGGUUUGCUCGAAUUGGCUAUUGUAGAAUGGUGUUGGAACUUUUUAAACAGAUGCAAAUUGAGCGUGUUUGUCCGAACCAAUUUACACUAUCUAGUGUUUUAAAGAGUUGUUCUAGUUUAAGCGAUUUUCGGAUGGGUAAGGGGAUUCAUGGAUGGAUUUUAAGCAAUGGGAUUGACUUGGAUGUGGUAUUAGAGAACUCUAUCCUUGAUGUUUAUGUAAAAUGUGGCGCCUUUGAUUAUGCAGAAAAGUUUUUUGAAACUAUGAAAGAGAGAGACACAGUUACUUGGAAUGUAAUGAUGGGUGCAUAUAUGUAUAUUGGGGAUAUGGAGAAGGCUCUUGAUUUGUUCAGAAGACUGCCCUUCAAAGAUGUUGCUAGUUGGAAUACAAUCAUAUAUGGGCUAAUGCGAAAUGGGCAUGAAACAUAUGCAUUGGAGCUACUUUCUGAGAUGGUGGAAAUUGGACCUCCAUUUGACAAAGUCACUUUCUCAGUAGCUCUGGUUUUGGCUUCAUCUUUAUAUGUUCUUGAACUGGGGAGACAAAUUCAUGGCCGCGUUCUAAGGUUUGGUAUUCAAAAUGAUGGAUUUCUUCGGACUUCAUUAAUAGAUAUGUAUUCCAAAUGUGGGAAAAUGGAAAAGGCGUCACUCAUAUUCAAAACAUUGCCUUUGAGAACAAAUUCUAAGUUUACUUGUCAUGAGACAAAGACAGAAGUUGUAUCAUGGAGUUCAAUGGUUUCUGGGUAUGUUCGUAAUGGUGAGUACGAAUAUGCUUUGCUAACUUUUUGUUCUAUGGUUCGUGAACAGAUUAUGGUGGAUAGAUUCUCUUUGACAAGUAUUGUUUCUGCGUGUGCUAACGUUGGGAUUUUGCUUCUUGGUCAACACAUCCAUGCACACAUUCAGAAAAUUGGGUACAAAACAGAUGUUCACUUGGGUUCCUCAUACAUUGAUAUGUAUGCUAAAUGCGGGAGCCUAAAUGAUGCUUGGAUGAUUUUUAAACAGACUGUUGAUCUUAAUGUUGUGCUGUGGACUUCAAUGAUUUCCGCUUUAGCUUUACAUGGGCAAGGGAAGGAGGCUGUUCGGCUUUUUGAAUUCAUGAUACAAGAGGGAAUUAAGCCGAAUGAGGUUUCUUUCGUGGUGGUUUUAAAUGCAUGUAGCCAUGCCGGGCUUCUUGAAGAAGGCUGCAAAUAUUUCAGCUUGAUGAAAGAAGUUUAUGGCAUCAAGCCCGGAGCUGAGCACUUCACUUGUAUGGUUGAUCUUUAUGGCCGAGCAGGUCGAUUGGAUGAGAUUAAAGAGUUCAUUCAUAAGAAUGGUAUCUCUCAGUUGAGUUCAGUAUGGAAGUCAUUUCUAUCUUCUUGCCGACUUCACAAAAAUUUCGAGCUGGGAAAGUGGGUUUCUGAAAGACUACUUCAACUCGAACCGUUUGAUGAGGGAUCUUAUGUUUUGUUGUCGAACAUGUGUGCUGCGAAUCAUAGAUGGGAAGAAGCGGCUGGUAUGAGAAGAUUGAUGCAAAAAAGAGGAAUUAACAAAGUGGCUGGUCAAUCUUGGAUCCAACAGAAGAAUCAAGUCCACUCUUUCGUCAUGGGUGAUAGGUCCCAUCCACAUUCCAGAGAGAUAUAUUCGUAUUUGGAUGAGCUGAUCGGAAGACUGAAGGAAAUUGGGUAUUCAUUAGACGUGAAAAUGGUGAUGCAGGACGUUGAAGAAGAACAAGGAGAAGUACUUCUUGGUUAUCACAGCGAAAAGCUUGCAAUUGCCUACGGCAUCAUGAGCACAACUUCUGGGAUACCAAUUCGGAUAAUGAAGAACCUGAGAGUGUGUACUGAUUGUCAUAACUUUAUUAAAUAUACUUCUCAGCUUUUAGAUAGGGAAAUAAUUGUGAGAGAUCUUCAUCGGUUCCAUCAUUUUAAACAUGGUCUGUGUUCCUGUGGAGAUUACUGGUAA